UCAUCAUCAGCUUUAAAUUUCUGCCAGACAGAUCUUACCUGUAACCUACAAAUCGCUACUGUCAUUAUCAUCAUCAUCAUCAUCAUCAUGAAGGUUUGGAUUGUGUGUGCACUGCUGUGUACUACCUUUACACUGAGGACUGCCACAGCUGCAGCAGUUCCUGCAGAGACUAAACCUGAGCAGGAACAGAAACUUUUAGGGGAAGCUACUGAACUGGCUGUGGAGGAGGUGAUCGAGGCAGCUGACGAUAAGGUGGAAGCUCUUAAAUUAGAUGCAGAUGCUGAAGAUAAGUAUAACUACUGUCCAUCUGGAUGGGUUAAAUAUGGGUCACGUUGUUUUCGUCUUGUGAGGACAACUCUGUCCUGGCUCAACGCUGAAGCUCAGUGUGUAGCUCAAAAUGCAAAACUUGUAUCUGUACACAACCUUGGAGAAUAUAACUUCCUGCAGAGUUUACUAGACAUGGCGGGUGUAACACAAGCUUGGAUUGGAGCUUACUACUUUCAGGGAGUGUGGCUGUGGGCUGACACGUCUCGGUGGAGUUACAGUAAUUGGCAGUCACUGAGCAGUGUGUCCAGCUACCCAUGUGCUUACAUGAGGAACAAUGUUGGAUGGUAUAACACUAACUGUGCAAAUGGAUAUGCAUCUGUCUGUGCUAUUGACCUACAUUCAUGCUAAAGAACAUGAAUUUGAAAUCAUCCAUUAUUUUGAAGCUGACAUAAUUAUCAGCAAAGUAAAUUGUCUUUUGUCUUAAGAACACUUGGCCGAUGAACACUGUUUAUGUCACUUAAUAAAAACAUAAAAAAAUAAAAGUAUGAUCUACUUUGUGUAAUGUUAAUUUUGUGUAAAAUGUAAAGAGGAGCAAUUGGAGCAGUAUUUAGUCUAAAUUUCCAGACAUUUAUCCUUAAUCAUUUUGGAGAAAAGUGUGCAAAGCUGGCAAAACUAGCUAGAAUUACAAUUAUUAAAAAAUAUUACAGUUUAUCUACUUUUUAUUUUAUAAAUAUGUAAAUCCUGAUUACUGCCACCACCACCCUAGUUUAAGAUUAUUUUAACAAAAUAAAGAUACACAUUUUAAGAAUGUUAAUGAAAUUACGCAAAGAAACUAGAAAAAAAAAAGAAUGUUGGCUGCACAUAGAAACAAACAAAGGACAACCAUAAUUCAAGACUGCUCAUAAAUAAGUGGAAAGUGCUUAGUAAAGGUGUUGGGCCACCUCGAGCCACCAAAACCGGUUUAGCCUUGGCAAAGAUCCUACAAGUCUCUAGAAGUAAAAUAAUCACAUUUUUGAAGUGUUUUUAUGAUUCACAGUUUGAAAA